AUGCUGUUUCCUGUUCGAUGUUGGACCUGUGGCAAAGUAAUUGGACAUCUUUGGAAUGAAUACAAUGAACGACUUCAAAUAGCCAAAGUUUCCAAUGAUAAUCUUGAAAAUGGAUUAGAGUAUGUGAUCAAAUUUUAUUUUUUUUGUGCAUUACGUGCACAUUCGAAUGUCGAUGAUGAUGAAGAAGAAUACCUGACACAACAGAUUUCCGAAUUGAUUACCGAAAAGAACCAUUUGACUACUAUAUUACCGACAUUUAGAAUCGCUUCGGCAUGUUCAGAUGAAGAUAUUCUUUCUUCAAAUGAAAAUGAAGAAAUGGCCAAUACUAAUGCCAGUUCAGAUGAAUGUCUUAAUUCUACUGUCAUCAAUAAUGAUAAUAAAACAGGACAAACAUUGAAUACUAUGAAAACCUUGAAAACACUGGUGAAAUUGUCAAUUCUAAUAAAUUAUCAACGACGAAUCUAA